AUGAAGGCCGCCUCCGAGAGCAGCGACAAGGAGAGGACCUGCGAGCUGCCGGACGGCAACAUCACCGCGGGCAGCGAGGGGUUCCGCUGCCCGGAGGUGCUGUUGCCCGGCUUCGUGGGGAAGGCGGCCAGCGGCAUCCGCGGUACCACCUUCCAGUCCAUCAUGAAAUGCGACGUGGAUAUUAGAAAGGACCUGUAUGCCAACGUGGUGCUUUCAGGCGGCACGACCAUGUUUGUGGGCAUCGGAGAGCGCAUGACCAAGGAGCUGACUGCGCUAGCUCCCUCCACGAUGAAGAUCAAGGUUGUGGCCCCACCUGAGCGAAAGUACAGCGUUUGGAUCGGAGGCUCCAUUCUGUCCUCCCUGAGCACCUUCCAGCAAAUGUGGAUCUCCAAGGGCGAGUACGAUGCGCUCAAGGCCUCGGCGGCGGAGCAGCAACAGCAGCUGGAGGAGUUGGGCAGGAGCUGCCAGGAGCUGUCACAGGCGCGGCGAGGUCUCCUUGCAGACCUUGAAGCGUGCCGGUCCGCCGAGACGCAGCUGGAGGAGUCCCAGCGCGCCGCAGAGGCGCGGCAAGAGAAGCUGGCGGCGCAGGCGGCCGCGCAGGCGGCGCAAGGCCUCGCGGAGCUGAAGGCCUCGGAGGCGCGGGAGCGCGAGGAGCUGAAGGAGCUGAUGGAGCAGCAAGGCCUUGAGAGCAGCUCCAAGCUGGAGGCGCUGAAGGUCAGCAACAUGGAGCAGCAUCAGCAGCUGCAGCAGCAGGCUGCCGUCGACCUGGUCGAGGCCCGUCGAGGCAUCAUGGCCGAAGUGGAGCGCUGCCAAACAGCCGAGAGGCAGCUGGAGGAGUCCCUGCGGCGUCUGGAGGGCCGGCUGGAGCGGGUGUCGUCCUCUUCCACGCAGGGCCUGGAAGGCGUCACGGAGGCCAAGGCCUUGGCGCGGGAGCUGGCGGAGAAGGUGUCGCAGCAGGGCCGGGAGCAGCUGGAGCUGAGGGCCGGCGAGCUGAAGGAACUCCUGGAGCGGCGGGGCGCCGACAGUGCGGCGCGCAUCGAGGCGCUGAGGGCCUCGGAGGCGGAGCAGCAGCAGCAGCUGGAGCGGCUGCAGCGCACCGCCACGGAGCUCGCGGAGGCACGGAAAGGCCUGACUGUGGAGGUUGAGAAGUGCCAGUCUGCGGAAAGGCAGCUGGAGGAGUCGGUGCGGCGCGUGGACGCGCGCGUGGAGCGGCUCUCUGUGGCUAAUGCCCAAUGCACCGAAGGCGUGGCGGAGGCCAAAGCCUUUGCACGGCAGGCCACCGAGAACGUGGCGUCCCAGGGCCGGGAGCUGCUGGAGCAACGGGCCUCCGAGCUGAAGGCGCGGCAUGAGACGGCCACGGAGGAGCUGCGGUCGCUGAGGCUGGCGCAGGAGGAGGCCCAGAGGCAGGCGCAGGCGGGGCUCGCCACCAGCCGCGCGGAUGCCGGGGAGAGGGAGAGCCGCCUGAGCUCGCGCCUGGCGGUGCAGGCGCAGGAGGCCCAGGACUUGCGGGGGGCGCUGGAGGAGCAGCUGAAGCGCCAGGAGUCCUUGGCGCUCGAGCUGCGGCAGGCGCAGGAGGUCUUUCACCAGAAGGUCUCCAAGGUGAGCACCGACUUCUCCGAGCAGAAGGAUGGCUUGAAGAAGUACAUCACGGAUGCCUUGCGCAAGUCCGAGCAGAAGCUGCAGACCCUCACGGCACAGCCCCGCGUCCUGGGUAUGGUGAUGGAACAGCUGGAGGGCCUCGUGCGGGGCGUCGCCCAGCGCGAGCUUCAGAUCUUUCAGCGAGAGGCCCUGGACUCCAUGGAGUGGAAGUUGGAACGCUGCGUGCAGUGGCUGCAUGGCGCGAACGUGAAGCUCGGCCUGAACCCCCAGGGCACGCUCUUCAGCACUGACAGGACAUUCCACAAAUUGAUUACAGCAUAA